CAUCUACUCAAUCUACUUGAUUCUCCAUUACCAUUUAUCGCUCUAUUAAGAACAGUCAGCUCGUACUUCAUUUUGAUAUUCAAAUAGUGGGUUUAAAAAGAAUUAAAGAAUAUCUCAAAUUGAUCAAAUUUAUCAGAAAAUGCAAGAUAGUAAAGCAAUAAUCAAAAAGAGAGAAAAAAGUGAAAUAGCAAAAUAUUAUAAGGGACUGAAUGUUUUCAUAACUGGUGGUACUGAUUUGUUAGGAAAAUGCCUGCUAGAAAAGUUACUCAGGAGUUGUCCGCAGAUUGAAACGAUGUAUUUAUUAGUUAAAACUAACGAUGGCGAGAACUUUCAAAAUAAAUGCAAAAAGUUUUACGAAAAUAAUAUAUUUGAUAUUUUACGAAAACAUAAUUCUAAUUUGAUAAAUAAAGUCAAUUUCUUCAAGGGAGACUUAAUGCAAGAUAAUUUAGGUCUAAAUAAUAAGGAAUAUAAAAUCCUUACUGAGAAUGUAGAUAUUAUUUUUCAUAAUGGAGCUACAACUAAACUAAACGAAAAAAUAUUAGUGGCCUUGAGAACUAAUGUCCUUGGAACACAACAAAUGUUGGAUUUAGCACACAACUGCCAACAUCUUAAGGCUUUCGUUUUUAUAUCAUCGUGUUACUCACAUUACCAUCAAAACAUCAUUGAAGAUAAAUUUUAUUCUGCGCCAGCCGAUCUUAACAUGAUCAACGACAUGAUUCGAACAGAAUCUCAGACCGGUAUUAGCAAUGAAACUCUAAAGAUGCUACUUGGUAAAUGGACGAAUAUUUACGCCUUUACCAAAGCUACUGCCGAGGACAUGGUACGACAUUAUGCACGUAAAUCAUCCUUCGCAUGCUGCGUAUUUAGGCCUACUACUGUCAUAUCGACAUACAAGGAACCGGUAUCAGGUUGGUGUGACAUUAAAAAUGUACCUACUUCAUUUUUUAUCAAUAUUGCUAUGGGUGUCAUUCAUAUAUUAUUUGAAGUUCCUGGGCCUUGUGACUUAAUACCUGCAGAUUUAUGUGCAAAUGCUAUUAUAGUAAGCACAUGGGAUGCCAUUCAUCGUUGGCAAAUAGAAUCAGAAGCUUGUGUAUAUAAUUAUGGCACAAGUAAAGUAAAUCCAAUAACAUUAAGACAAAUCAAAGAGAAUAUGAUGAAUGAUCGAAAUGUUUUCAAAACUUCGCAAAAUAAUAAUAUACCAGUAAUUUUAAUCACAACAAAUUUUGUAUUUUACUUUAUUAUCCGGAUAAUGUUUGACUACAUACCAGCUAUAAUUCAAGACCUAUCAACAAUCAUUAUUGGCAAUGCUCCGAAAUCCUGGUCACUUGUACAGAAAUCGCAGAGAGAUAUACGUUAUGUGCAUGAUUGUAUCGUCGGUAAAUGUUGGAUCUCUGUCACAGACAUUACGAAAGCUUACGAGAAGCUGAACCCACUUGAUCGUGAGCUUUUCUUCUGUGACCUGCGCACUCUUAACUGGGGUGAAUUCUUCGUAACGUUCUGGCAUGGUAUUAGACUCAACAUCCUUCAAGACUCACCCAAUGAAUCAAUCAAAAAAAAGUGUUACAAAUAUAAUAACAAGUAUAUCGAUUUCAGCAUCGUUAUCCUCUUAAGUAUCCUUGUGUAUUACAUGAUAAAGGCUUUUUAGAUUAAAUAUUCAAUAGUUUCGUAUUUGUUUAAAAUUCCACUUUCUAAGCUAAUUUACAA